AUGUCAAACACAGAUCCCCCAUCUAAAAGCCCGCAGUCGGAAAUCGUUGCUAAUCAGAAAGCGCGAGAAGAACCAACGCCUGUUCCUGCGUCCCGUCAGCAUCUCGAUUCGCGAGCUGCGAAUCUUCCUCAACCUGGCGAGCAGUCACCAGAAAUGGAUUUACCAAGAGGGCAAAGACGCAGGCGGAAAAAGCAAGCACAGAAGUCAUCCGCUCUCAAGGCCAAACGUAAAUCGGACGGGCAUGAGAUAGCGAUACCACAAGCAGAGGCGAUCGUUCCGCGACCACCAUCAUCGCCCCCCACCGAUGUACGGUCACCACCACAAGUAUCCUCUAACGAGCGCACGAGCUCGAGUUCUGGAAAGACCAGUUCGUCGUCCGAGAGGAUAGCACCAGUGCCGGUGACCGUACCCUCACCGCCUCCUGCAAACGGUCCUGCACGUAAUCAUGAACCGCUGGCUAUGAAGGCUGGAAUGACUACGCAAGGGGGAGAUGUGUUCAUGCCAAUCAAGAAGAUUGAGCCGGGACCGGGAUUCUUCAACAUCAUUGGUGUAGUUACGUCAAUCAAGCCCACGACAUUCACUCGCUCAGAAGAGUGGUGCCGUAAUUUCACCAUCGUCGACCCUUCCUGCAUGGAAGACAAUAUAGAAUUCGUGACUUAUAGCUUCAGGGUCAAUUGUUUCCAGAAGAAGCACACGGCGUGGCUCCCUCAGGCUGAAGUUGGCGAUAUAGUCCUCUUUCGGAGGCUUAAGACCUCCCCGUAUAGUGGCGGCUUCAAUGGCGUAGGGUACCAUGAUAAGUUGCGCUGGGCCACCUAUGAUACCCAAGCCCGGCGUUUCCGCGUUCCUGACAGAAUUGACGCCCCGCAUUCUGGGACACCAGACGAAGGAUCUGGAUACAUGUACUCACCUUACUACGAGCCGAGUGAGCAAGGCAAAGAAGCGCAGUACUGCGCUCAGCUUGCCGACUGGUGGCAGACGAUACAUGCCAAAGAACGAGGUAUCACAACCGUGCAGUGCGUCUCACGCCCUUCGCGAGAGCAUCAUCUCAUCUCUGAGGUCACCCCGGAGACUUCUCCUCAAGGUUAUUUCGAUUGCACCGUCGAAGUUUUGCACAGCUAUGAAAACACCAGUGGACCCAACACCUUGUAUGUGACUGACUACACCAUAAACCCUCACGCCAAACCACCACAAGCAAACUGGUGCUCUCCGGAACUGUCAGCAUACGUUUUCAAGAUAGAGAUGUGGGAUAGCGCGAGGCUCCUCGCAAAUACAAUGCAGCCCGGGGAAUUCUGGAGCCUCCCAAACGCACGCGUGAGGACAGACUCCGAUAAUCAUCUCCACAGUAAAUUGGUGGAAACACACAAGUCAAAAAAGCUUGAUGAGGCCGAACAUGGCAAAAACUUGCAUUUUCGCGCAUUGCUAGAGCGGAAAAAGAAGUUUGAGCAAGGGGGAGGGGUGUCCAGCUCUUCUGCACGGUUUGACACUAAGUUGAUUGAAGAUGUUGACGGAGAGGUCGCGUUCUUCCACUGCACUGUUGAGCUUCUUCAUGUUGAUCUUGCCCCUGGGGAAGAGCCGGUUGUUUAUGUGACAGAUUACACAUUCAAUCCCAACCUCUUCAACCCAGCAGAGUCGGCACCCUGGGCACUUGGUCUCGACCGCCGGAUUGUCAAGAUUGUCCUGGAGGGUGGGCAGAAAGGGAGAGCACGCGACCUUCAGCCAGGCACGACGUAUAGAAUCAAGAAUCUGCGAUUGAUUAACAGGAUAGGUGUUAAGGGUGACUUUGGGCGUCUAGGGGGCGACGAACGACUGAUCAUUGCAGCCGAUGACCGCAAGAAGGAGGACGUACAAGCUCUUCUUCAACGCAAGGAGAAGUGGAAGUUAGAAAUGAAACGAGACGGGGUGUCCGUCGAACCAGCGGCCAAUUCCGCCACAACAUCACGCCCUCGUACUCCCGAGACAUUCCAGGAUCUCACUCUGAAACAAGUUAUCGCCAGCACCGUCCGUCCCAACACAUUCACGGUCGUUGCGCGGGUGACCGAUUUUUAUCCCUUCGAUUUGGAUCAAGCCACGUACCUGCGGUGCAUGAAGAUACGGCGGCCCUGGAAACGCUGUAUCGACUGCGAUGACAUGCUCGAUACUCAUUGCAAAUGGCUUUACAGCCUGCUUUUCCAAUUGGAAGAUGAUGAAAAAAACACAAUUACGGUUUCUCCCAGCAACGAAUCUUCUACACUUCUGUUUGGACUGCCCGCUACCGACUUGGAAACAGAUAAAGAUGCUCUCGAUCGACUUGUAGCUCGCCUACAACCCGUUAUCGGCAACCUCGGGCAAAGGCAUGACAUGUAUGCGGAGUCGAAGGUCCUGCCAGUCGUUUCCCCCAAAAUGCGUUUCACCGUCAAGAGUUGGAUCGCGAAAAGUGAGCGAUGGUAUAGGCUUCUAGAUUGUACUCCACUUUGA